ACGCCCGCAAUUCUUCAGCUUGCUGCACGUUGCCUGGGUGUGGCUUUUCAGUCAGUUCCGUUAACAGGAAAUCGACCCCAGGACCCCCAAACUCAUCGCCAAUGCGCGACAUAUAUCUGUGGAAUUGAAGGUGCUCAGUUCGAUUUUGAAGAGCAGUACCGCAGCUUUGUUCUUGCAGUGGCAGUAACUGUCCGGGCUGUAUGCGCGUGGGCCAUACUGAUGGGAAGAAGUUAGAAUUGUUCAGAAGUUUCCACAGUAUCUUCCGAUUUCUGAAGUUGUGAGGAGAUAUCUAAAGGCUCUUAAAAUGCCGAAAACGAUUAGUGUACGAGUCACCACAAUGGACGCCGAGCUGGAGUUUGCCAUUCAGCCCAGCACAACCGGCAAGCAGCUCUUUGACCAGAUUGUGAAAACGAUCGGGCUCCGGGAGGUCUGGUUCUUCGGACUGCAAUACCAGGACACCAAGGGCUUCUCCACAUGGCUCAAACUGAACAAGAAGGUCACAGCCCAAGGUGUUCGGAAGGAGAACCCGCUGCUGUUUAAGUUCAGGGCCAAGUUCUACCCGGAGGACGUGUCUGAGGAGCUGAUUCAGGAGGCCACACAGAGGCUGUUUUUCCUGCAGGUGAAGGAGGCGAUCCUCAACGACGACAUCUACUGCCCCCCAGAAACCGCCGUGCUGCUGGCCUCCUACGCUGUCCAGGCCAAGUACGGAGACUACAAGAAGGACUUCCACUCCGCGGGAUACCUGUCCAGUGACAAGCUCCUCCCCCAGAGGGUUCUGGAACAGCACAAGCUGAACAAGGAGCAAUGGGAGGAGAGGAUUCAGGUCUGGCAUGAGGAACACAAGAGCAUGCUGAGGGAGGACACCAUGGUGGAAUAUCUGAAGAUCGCGCAGGACCUGGAGAUGUACGGCGUGAACUACUUCAACAUCAAGAACAAGAAAGGCACCGAGCUGUGGCUGGGCGUGGACGCGCUGGGGCUGAACAUCUACGAGCAGUCUGAUAAGAUGACACCAAAAAUUGGAUUCCCCUGGAGUGAAAUUAGAAACAUUUCCUUCAAUGACAAGAAGUUUGUGAUCAAACCAAUUGACAAAAAAUCGCCGGACUUUGUGUUCUACACCCCGCGCCUGCGCAUCAACAAGCGCGUCCUGGCCCUGUGCAUGGGGAACCACGAGCUGUACAUGCGUCGCAGGAAGCCCGACACCAUCGAGGUGCAGCAGAUGAAGGCCCAGGCCCGUGAGGAGAAGCACCACAGGCAGAUGGAGAAGGCACUGCUGGAGAAUGAGAAGAAGAAGCGAGAGAUUGCAGAGAAGGAGAAAGAAAAGAUUGAGCAUGAGAAGGAGGAGCUGAUUGAGAAGCUGAGGCAGAUCGAGGAGCAGACCAAGAAAGCUCAGGAAGAACUGGAGGAGCAGACACGCAGGGCAUUGGAGCUGGAGGAGGAGAGGAGACGUGCUCAUGAGGAGGCGGAGAGGCUGGAGAGGGAGAGGAAGGCUGUGGAGGAGGCCAAGAGUGCCCUCCUACAGCAGUCUGAGAACCAGCUGAAGAACCAGGAGCAUCUGGCCACAGAGCUGGCUGAACUCACCUCCAAGAUCUCCCUGCUGGAGGAUGCUAAGAAGAGGAAGGAGCAUGAGGCCACCCAGUGGCAGAAGAAGGCCACCAUGGUGCAGGAGGACCUGGAGAAGACCAAAGAGGAGCUGAAGAACAAAAUGAUGGCGGCCCACGUGGCGGAGCCCGUCCACGCCGAGAACGAGCACGACGAUAACGAUGAAAGCGGCGCCGAGGCCAGUGCAGAGCUCAGCUCUGCCGGAACUCUCCGUGACCGCAGCGAGGAAGAGCGCAUGACCGAGGCCGAGAAGAACGAACGCCUUCAGAAGCACCUGCUGGCCCUGAGCUCGGAGCUGAUGAAUGCCAGGGACGAGACCAAGAAGACGGCCAACGACCUGAUCCACGCCGAAAACGUGAGGGCCGGCCGGGACAAGUACAAGACCCUGCGGCAGAUCCGUCAGGGGAACACCAAGCAGCGCAUCGACGAGUUCGAGUCCAUGUGAUCCCUCCUGACCGCUCAGGGAAGAGGGCGGGACACGUUCUGUACUUGAACGUGGGCCCCGCCACAUCACGUGUGUACCUGAUAUGGGAACACACAGAGCAAGCCUGUAUACGUUUUCUCCUGCUAUUUUAUAACUUCUGUGAACUCAUCCAAUUUUUGAGGAUGUGUGCUGAUUUGUAAAAGCCUGUUCCUUUUGGUAAUACCUGUUUGAACUCAACCCUUGUCUGGAAAAGCUAAAAACAGAACUGUACCUAGUGAGAAACAAACUCAGUUAGCGUAUGUCUUUGCACGUAGAUUUUGCAAACACUAAUCAAUUGGAUCUGGCUUUCUUCACCAGCCAUUACAGGUUGUGUUUUAAGCAUUGCUGAAAACAGUAUGAAGGAGACAGUUACCUAAAUCAUUUAGGAAUCUCAGUAUUUUAACUUCCUGUUAUAAACAGGAAGGUAAACGUUAAGGAAAUAAACCUUUUAGUUUUGCGGUUCAGGUAUGUUUUUCAUGUUGUUACUAGACCCAUUGCAAAAGCUCAGGAGAUAACUAGUUACAGUAAAAUUAAGUCAUUAAAAUUAGCCCAUUUUAUCAAAGGUGAUUACUCCAUAACAUUUUGUUGUUGUUAUAGUAGUUCUGUUGUUUAACUAGAGUUAUCAGUAUUAUCUGGAAUACCAAGUUUUUAAAAUUAAUUCCACAACAUUUGAGAGCUGUUGUAAUUUAUCAAAGAAUAUGUAGUGAACAACUACAGCAAAAACACUUGUGACUCAAAUAAAAGGUGAAAGUUCAUUAAGAAAGAGUUGAUCAGACUGCAUUAAUGCCUUGCUGUGGCUCAGAAACAGUGUACAGAUUAGACAUGCCUUUGGUUACGAGGUGCCAUACAUUAAAGUGGGUUGUUUACCCAUUUCCAUAACAGAAGCUUCAUGAAGGGCCCAUGUUAUUGGAGGAUGACCCUUCCCCACCCUCCUCAGCUAUAUUAAUUUCAUUAAAUACAUUUUUGCAUUAUAUUUGACUUAAUGUUGAUUUUUGGCUUUUGACUUAAUGCUGCGCUGUAUUAUCACAGUUCAGGCUAUGUUAAUUUCAGUGAUUCUUAUAUUCAGUGUUUAACAGUCAAUAGUCGUACAAAAUGGCAGUUUUAAGUUACAGUUGUGUUAAUUCAGUAUAUUGCCUUAUCUUUGGUUUCCAAUUUUAUUUAUUUUUUAUGUUCAUUCAGAAAAAGGCUGUGGUACAGUGAACAAAGACAUAUGUCAGAACCAAUGUUAUAAAAAAUCACCAUAGAGCUUUUUUUCCAAUUAUAAAGCCUACAACACAUUUAAAACAGAAAAAAUACCCAUCUGAAGAAUUUUAAUGUUAAUAAAUGUUCAAAUAUAAAGACAGUCAAUACAAUGUUUUUGUUAUCUGUUAUAAACACCAGAUGGCAGUAAUGAC